AUGUCGAUGGAUAACAAACUUAUGGCUACGACUUUGAUGCUAUGCAUUCCAUGCAUCCUAAUAAUCAUUCGUCUUCUUUGCGUUCUCCCUAGCGUCAAAGCCUCGGCAAAUUCAAAACAAACAAAACACAACAUACUUCGAAAUGACAAGUGUCAACCUACCAGAAUAAUGGCUCUUUUAGGCUCUGGCGGUCACACUGGAGAGAUGGUGAGACUUCUAUCCGAUAUGGAGCUCGAGAAGUACCAAUUGACGUGGUUGGUUUCUGAAGGUGAUUCGACAUCACUUCUGAAGGCUCGUGGUGUUGAGGAGAGCAAAACUCUCAGUAAGGCAGAGUUCAUUGUAUUGGCAAGAGCCCGGAAGGUUGGAGAGCCGCUUGUUCUGUCUUUAUUCAGUACCUUACGGUCCUUGUAUUCCACUGCUACAAAGCUCUAUAAAACCGCGCUCCCCGAUAUUUUACUUAUAAAUGGACCCGGUACAUGCGUGCCAGUGGCAUACUUUUUGUUCUUUCUCCGAUUUGUUGGCCUUGGUCACACGCGUAUAGUGUACAUUGAGAGCAUGGCUCGUGUGAAUGGGCUAAGUCUCAGUGGAAAGCUUGUGCUUCCAAUUUGUGACCGAUUUGUGGUGCAGUGGCGUCCACUAGCGGUAAAAUAUCAUAGAGCAGAGUACUAUGGGUUGCUUAUCUAG